AUGCGUAUAUAUAAUCUGAUCAAGUACGGUUCAUUUCCUUAUCUGUAUAGUCUAGGGAGCCGACAAUCAUCCGAGUUUCUGCUCAACAGCCAACAUCUGGCAUUGGGUCGCAAGCAGGACGGGACGGUGAUUAACGAUGUGGUGCUACCGCCAUGGGCCGUCUCACCUGAAGAUUUUGUGCUCAAGUGCAGAGAAGCGCUCGAGUGCGACUACGUGUCCUCUAAGCUGCACCACUGGAUUGAUCUGAUAUUCGGCUACAAACAGAGAGGAGAGGAAGCGGUUAAGGCCCACAAUGUGUUCCAUUACUUGUCGUAUGAGGGGACCGUUGACUUGGACUCCAUCGAAGAUCCGCACGAGAAGGAAGCCACGACCAUGCAGAUAUUAGAAUUUGGUCAGACCCCAAAGCAGUUGUUCAACAUUCCCCAUCCCUCACGGAGGAGGAAACGCCAUUCGAAGAAACACGAGGCGCAGCAUACCGUGCACGCUGUGGUGCGGGUGAUUGUCGGUGACUUGUUUUGGGUCUCAUUCGCACACUCCACGGAUGACCCGAUAUCUCUGCUAUCACAGAUGGAGGCGUGCAUAGCCACCCAGUCAAGUCCUGGCCCGGGCUACUUACCAGGGGCAGAGUCAGGCCCACAACAGCUCGAGCUGCAACCAGGAGAGCUGGAGAGCUUAAUUGUGUCACCGUUUGGCAGUCCCUCGAAGUUAAUCGUCGACGAACCACUCGCACCCGAUAAUACGGUGGCCAAGGAUUCUAUUUAUAGCUCAACCCACACCCUGCAACUCACCAACGUCGACAAUAUCACAGGUGAGCGUUUGCCGGAUUACCCACUGGCCGGGGUUUCUAUUUAUAGCGCUGACCAGGGUUUCUGUUUAUAG